AUGGCUCCUAAAAACAACGCCAAGGCUGGCAAGGGCAAGGGCAAGGAUGCUGCUGCCGAUGAUAAAGGCAAGGGUGGGAAGGGUGCUGUGAAGGGUGCGCAGUCGAUCAAUGUGCGCCAUAUUCUUUGCGAGAAACACGCCAAGAAAGAAGAAGCCCUUGAAAAGCUCCGCAAUGGCACUAAAUUCGACGAAGUCGCCCGUGAAUUCUCAGAAGACAAGGCUAGACAGGGUGGCUCGCUGGGGUGGAAGACCCGGGGUGCUUUGGACCCUGCGUUUGAGAAUGUUGCCUUUGAGCUUGAGGCUAGUUCUACUGGGAACCCUAAGUACGCUGAAGUUAAGACUGGGCAUGGCUAUCACAUUAUUAUGGUUGAGGGGCGGAAGUGA